AUGUCCCUCGAGUUCAAUGUAUUCAAAGGAUCCCCGAAUGGAUCGAUUCGCCAAGAAAAGAUCCACCGCGGUGAAUUGCAAAGAGAUGAGAUCUUUCUCCGGAUUACCCACUCCGGGGUCUGUUUUACCGAUGUUCAUUAUCGACACAAUGACAUGGCCCUUGGCCAUGAAGGAACUGGAAUAGUGGAGGCGAUUGGGCCCGCCGCCCAAAUUUUGAAGAAAGGAGACCGCGUGGGAUGGGGGUAUGAACAUGAUUGCUGCGGCCAUUGCCGCCAAUGCUUAACGGGCUGGGAAACGCUUUGUCCAGAGCGUAAGAUGUACGCCAUGGCGGAUCUUGAUCAGGGAUCAUUCGCUACUCAUGCCGUGUGGCGCGAGGCCUUUCUUUUCAAGAUUCCCGAGAACAUGGACAACGAGGAUGCAGGCCCUUUAAUGUGUGGAGGCUCCACAGUUUUCAAUGCUCUCCACGUUGCACAAGUCCGCUCAACAGCUCGUGUUGGAAUUGUUGGGGUUGGAGGACUGGGACAUCUGGCUAUUCAAUUCGCUGCCAAAAUGGGCUGCCAAGUGGUUGUAUUCUCUGGCACUGAUAGCAAGAAAGAGGAGGCGUUGAAACUAGGGGCGACUGAAUUUUAUGCGACUAAGGGUGCAAAGAAGUUGAUGAUUAAGAAACCCAUCGAUAAUCUAGUUGUCACUACCAGCAGUCAACCAGAUUGGCAACUGUACUUGGAUGUUAUGGCCCCUAAUGGUGUUAUCUCACCUCUUUCUGUCGACUCAAAUGAUCUCAAAAUCCCCUAUAUGCCAUUGCUGUUAAAUGGCCUGAGAAUCCAGGGUGGAGUUGUGUCUGCAAGACAAGUCCAUCGUGAUAUGCUCGAGUUUGCAGCCAUUCAUAACAUCAAGCCAGUCAAAAUGAAAUUCCCUAUGACGCUCAAAGGAGUGGAGGAAAGCCUCAAAACCCUCGAGGAGGGUAGGAUGCGAUACCGCGGAGUUCUUGUUUCUGAAAACUGA